AUGGCAACGAAUCAGCAAGUACCACAGCAAUGCCCAACAAAUUUUCAAAUCAUUGAACCGUUGUUCUAUCGAGAAUUUGAGGCAACAGACCCAGUUGGCCUUGAAUGGACUUUAGAACGAAUGCCACGAAAUGUGAACACCAAGCGUAUUAAAUUGGAUAAGAAUCAAAUGUCCGGUAAAUGGCUUUAUACAAGUUACAACACAAAUGGAAAAUUCCGCUGCUUACGGUGUAUGAAAAGCGGUGUCACAGACAUUGAUCCUACAUGGUCUUCUGCUUACACCACUAUUCUUUUUAGAGCUUACUAUGGGCCAGAUACAGAUGAAAACGGACAACAAUGGAUUGGUGGAUGGAUUCAAAUGAAGGUCUUUGCGCAGCAAUGUAAGAAUUGCGAUGAAUAUGUCACGGGCGAAUUAGAUGAUCAAAAGUAUCACAAUGUGGUAAAAUGGUUACAUCAAUGGAUUGCUCAUAAGUUCUAUGGUUAUCCCCUUCCUCGUUUUGGCUAUAGAGGAAGAAGAAGUGAUCGACAUCAUCUUGGCAACCGAUGCGAAGCAUGUGAAGCAGGAUGGUGUCAUUAUCGUGGAAAAUAG